UCUCUCAUUUCAGGUCUCGGACCAAACACAGUCUCUGAGACUCACAGAGUUUGUUUGAGAGAGAAACAAGAGAGAGAAAGAGAAAGAGAAAGAAAGAGAGACAUUCUUUUAUAGUCCGGCGGUUUCUGCGUUUUCCGGCGUGCUUCUCGGUGAGCAUUCCGAUGCCCUAACUCUCUUUUUCCGGCGUCGGAGCUUCGUUACUCUGCAAAGUCCGGUAGAUUUUCCGUGAAACUGUGGGAAUCUUUCCGGCGAUACCUCGAAAUGCUACUACUCGCAUUUCGUGUUUCUUAGAUCGAAACUGCUCUGAGUGUCUUCUAUCUCUUGCUUUUGAUCGUUGGAGCUCUUAAGCUAAAGAUUUUUAGCUUCGGAAGAGAUUUCUAGGGUUUUGUAAACCUUUACCUUCUUAAAAGGAGCUUUUCACUUCGUGCAUUUUGGUUCCUCGGGGAUCCUACUCUUGCUCGUUUGUUUGUCCGCAGCUUCAAAUCUAGCCGUUAGAGAAAGUUGGCCGUUUCUGGAGCUUUUGUUUUGUUUUUCCGUUUUGGAAAUUUCCGGGAGUGUGUGCACUGAGGUUAGCUUUCAUUUCUUUGUUCAAACUUUGAGCUCUGGUAGCUCAUUAUCCGAGAUUUUAGUCUCUUUGCACUUCCGGGUUGGCUGCAAAUUUUCUGGUUCCUUUUUUUUUUUUUUUUCGGGGUAUAUGGCUUUUCGGUGUUUUUGAGGGUCCCGAAUGCGAGCGUAUUUGAACAUGAAAAAGUUGCUUGGUUUAGUCGUUCUCAUUGUUUUAGCUCCAGUUUGGGUAAGAUCUCUGAACCCGUCUCUGAACGACGAAGUGUUGGGGCUGAUUGUGUUCAAGGCUGACGUUCAAGAUCCAAAGGGAAAGCUUUCAUCAUGGAACGAAGACGAAGAUAGUCCCUGUGGCUGGGCGGGCUUGACAUGCAACCCCAGAUCGGGCAAGGUCACUGAGCUCAACCUUGAGGGGUUCUCUCUUUCGGGUCGCAUAGGAAAAGGCCUCCUCCAGUUGCAGUCUCUCCGGAAGCUAUCCCUUGCCAAGAACAAUCUCACUGGAAGAAUAAGCCCCAGUAUAGCCCGGGUCGACAGCCUUCGAGUUAUUGAUUUGAGUGAGAACAAUCUCUCCGGUUCAAUACCCGAAGAUUUCUUCCGACAAUGUGGGUCUCUGAGAGUUAUUUCUUUGGCCAAGAACAAGUUCUCAGGGAAAAUCCCGGAUAGUUUGAGUUCAUGUUCAAGUCUUGCAGCGAUUAACUUCUCAUCUAACCAGUUCUCGGGUUCGUUUCCUGCUGGGAUUUCGUCUUUGAAUGGGCUUAGAUCGCUGGAUUUGUCUGAUAAUUUGUUUGAAGGUGUAAUUCCUAAGGGGAUUGAAGGAUUAAAUAAUCUCCGAGGAAUUAACCUUCAGAAGAAUCGGUUUUCUGGGCAGGUUCCGGAUGGAAUUGGAAGUUGUUUGCUUUUGAGGACGAUUGAUCUUAGCGAGAAUUCCUUCUCCGGUAGCCUUCCGGAGGCAAUGCAGAAACUUACCCUGUGUACUUUUCUAAAUCUGCACAGGAACUCGUUUUCUGGUGAAGUUCCGGAAUGGAUUGGAGAGAUGAAAAGCCUUGAGACUUUGGACCUUUCGGCCAAUAACUUCUCUGGUCAAGUACCAAGGUCCUUAGGCAAUCUUCAGUCUCUCAAGACCUUGAAUUUUUCUGCCAAUGGUUUCUCUGGGAGCUUGCCCGAUUCUAUGGUUCAGUGCACAAACCUUGUGGCUUUAGAUUUUAGUCACAAUUUGAUGACAGGUGGUCUUCCUACAUGGAUUUUCAAGUCCGGUACGAAGGAAGUUUCCCUUUCAGAGAGAAAACUCGGUGGAGCUUCUGCUCCGACUAAUGCAGUUCAAAAUCUACAAGCCCUGGAUUUGUCGCACAAUUCAUUUUCCGGUGAAAUUGGAUAUGCUCUUGGGGUCUUAAGCAGCUUGAGAGCCGUGAACCUGUCUAGGAACUCUCUUGUUGGUCCUAUUCCGAUGACUAUUGGAGAGUUGAAGUUCUUGGACAAUCUUGAUUUGAGCCAGAACCAGUUGAAUGGAAGCAUCCCUUUGGACAUUGGUGGUGCAAUUUCUUUGGGGGAACUGAGAUUAGAGAAGAACAAUCUUGAUGGAAAUAUUCCAGCUUCAAUUGAGAACUGUACAUCGCUAACAACAUUAAUCCUUUCUCAGAACAGACUGACUGGCCAGAUACCUACAGAAAUAGCCAAGCUUAGCAACCUACAAAAUGUGGACUUAUCUUUUAACAACCUCACUGGAGGCUUACCCAAGCAGUUGGUCAAUAUUCCUAAUCUCCUUUCCUUCAAUAUUUCUCACAACAACCUCCAAGGUGAGCUACCUGCAGGUGGCUUUUUCAACACUAUCUCCCCUUCCUCUGUCUCCGGGAAUCCAUCUCUUUGUGGCUCUGCAGUCAAUAAGUCUUGCCCUGCAGUCCUCCCCAAACCCAUUGUCCUCAAUCCCAACUCCUCUUCUGACACUACUCCAGGUUCAUUACCGUCAAAUCUCAGUCACAAAAGAAUCAUCCUUAGCAUUUCAGCACUUAUUGCCAUUGGUGCAGCUGCUGUCAUUGUUGUUGGUGUAAUUGCUAUCACUGUGCUUAAUCUUCGUGUCCGGUCUGCUACAUCCCGAUCUGCAGCAGCACUCACAUUAUCUGCAGGGGAGGACUUCAGUCGUUCUCCCACUACAGACAAUAACUCAGGCAAGCUUGUCAUGUUUUCGGGUGACCCUGACUUCAGCACUGGUGCACAUGCUUUACUUAACAAGGAUUGUGAGCUUGGGCGUGGUGGGUUUGGAGCAGUGUAUCGAACAGUUCUUCGAGAUGGACACCCUGUUGCAAUCAAAAAGCUGACUGUCUCAAGUCUUGUCAAGUCUCAAGAAGAAUUUGAAAGGGAAGUAAAGAAAUUGGGAAAAGUGAGGCAUCAUAAUCUUGUAGCACUUGAGGGUUACUACUGGACUCCAUCAUUACAGCUCCUCAUAUAUGAAUUUGUCUCGGGUGGCAGUUUGUAUAAGCAGCUCCAUGAAGGAUCAGGUGGAAACUUCUUAUCAUGGAAUGAGAGGUUCAAUAUAAUUCUUGGGACUGCAAAAAGCUUGGCUUACUUGCACCAACAUAACAUAACCCAUUACAAUAUUAAAUCGAGCAAUGUCCUUAUUGAUAGUUCAGGUGAACCCAAAGUGGCAGACUUUGGCCUAGCAAGAUUGUUGCCAAUGCUUGACCGAUAUGUUUUGAGCAGCAAGAUUCAAAGUGCUCUUGGCUACAUGGCGCCAGAGUUCGCAUGCAAAACAGUAAAGAUAACUGAGAAGUGUGAUGUGUAUGGAUUUGGGGUUUUGGUUUUGGAGGUGGUCACAGGGAAACGGCCUGUUGAAUACAUGGAAGAUGAUGUUGUGGUGCUUUGUGACAUGGUUAGAGGAGCAUUGGAAGAAGGGAGAGUGGAAGAAUGUGCUGAUGGGAGACUCCAGGGGAAAUUCCCAGCUGAAGAGGCAAUCCCUGUCAUGAAACUAGGCUUGAUUUGCACAUCACAAGUACCAUCAAAUCGACCAGACAUGGGGGAGGUAGUUAACAUUUUGGAACUGAUCAGAUGCCCUUCAGAAGACCAAGAGGAGUUGGGAUGAAUUUAAUUAAUCUUAUAAGAGAUUUAGGGAAGGGAUUUGUGAUAAGGUUAUCCGGCGAAGAAGAAUCCGGUUUUGUUCAUUAGAUCAGAGAGAAGAAAUUUUUUUCUUUUUUAAGAUUUUUCAUUUUCCUAUUGUUGUAAUCUUUUGUUUAUUUUCCUGUUUUAUGUUUGUAUGUUCUUCUCUAUUUUAUAGUUAGGUCACCGGAUUCCCCUUCACCAGAUUCCACUCUGGGUCCCUGUUGGAUCAUUAGUUCAUUACUACUAAUCUUUUGUACUCUUCCAAUUCCUGU